AUGACAACACUUCUUUCUGCAAGAACAGCAACUGAAAGUCCUACAGCCACCAGAUCAAAUUCAACCAGUUCUUCGUCCCCUGGUUACUCAACCAAUGAUGAUUCUGCAAUCUAUUCCCCUUUGCUUUCACCCGUCACAUCAAAUACAGCCGAUCAUAUAAACCCCUUCGGCAAAAGGACGGGAUAUUCUAGACGAGUUUCAUUCAACAAUUUAAAUCCAGAAAUUGAUGAGUCUGUCAUACAUCAAGCCAUAUACAAUUUAGGUGCUCCUAAUUAUACCUUGGCAACUCCACAAUCAUUAAGCUCUGGUACUCAUGCAACUAAUAUAGAAUCGGCAUUUACUCAUUUGAGUAAACCUACUUCAACCUAUGUACCGAAGAAGAGACUUAAGUUGCCUGAUCCACCUUCGAAGUCUAUCCUUAAGAAUAGAGUCAGUUUGCAACAAUUGGAAUAUAAUGAAGAGAAUGAUUUAUAUAACGAUGAAGAUGUUAAAGAAGGAGCCACUAUAAAUUACCAUGAAGAUGUAUUGGAAGAUCCAGAACCUGAACCUGCAGCUUCACCUACAACCACCAGGAGGAAGUCAUAUGCCGGUAUGUCUGAUGAGGAGCUUAUGGCUUUAGAUCCUCAAUUUAAUACUAAAUCUAAGCACAAUCUUGAUCAAUUUAAGUUUGAUAAUCAAAAGACGUACUACUUGUCUAGUUCCAAGAGAACAAGUGUUGGUUCUGCUGCUGCCGCUGCUGCUGCUCUAUCCAAAAAGGUGGAAUACCCUACAUCCAAUGAAAAUAAUUACAAAUCUAUUAGCUUAACUGUUAAACAUGAUGAGUACGAUUCUAUUAAGUAUAAUCGUACUUUAUUGACGGUUAUAUCUGGAAGAAGACACACCUGGAAUACAACCGAUUGGUUGUUUUUGAUUAAUCAAGAUCCACAACAAAACAGUUCAUUUCUUGUUGAUGGAGAUUAUUUAAUUAUUGCCAGUUUGAUACCCUUGAAAUUUUUGAAAGAAUACGGAAAUAAACGUAAACGGAUUUCCAUGGAUGAUUACCUUUAUGAAAAAUGCUCGAAGUUGUUGAAUUAUUUUGCUGAAUAUUUUACCAAGUUGAAUUUGAAAUUGAAAGUUACGGUGGAAUUUGUUACUGAUAAUGAAGAAGAUUAUGGUGGAUUAAGCACGAUUAAGAUUAAUCGUGGUGAGAAAUAUAUGUUGGAGCAUUUGUACAAGCAAUAUCAACCUACUAUGGUGUUAAUUGGGAAUAAAUCUUCAAAUAUGAAUUUCAAAUAUCCGAUUAAAAUGGCUAGCUCAUAUCAGGAGUAUUUGAUUCGAUUGUCUUCGUAUAUCAUGAAAUAUUCCACAGUACCGGUGAUUGUCGUAGGGAAUACAACUAAAAUUCAUCACCCCGAAAUAAAUAAGAAUAAUUCAUCUUCAACAUUAUCUUCAAUUGAAUCAUAUGCUCCAAUCCAUAAAACCACCACAACUGAAGAAACAAGAAAACAAGAAUACCAUGAUAAUUUGCAAACCUUGAAUGCUCUUGAUUAUACUAAUCCAACCAAAUACGAGGACUUGGUGAAGUGUAUAUCAGAUCAUGCAUUUGUUGAAGCUUCCAAUUAUUUACUUGCAGUGCAUUCCAAAGAUGAUUCAUUGAAAAUCGAUGAAAAGAUUCAUUCCAUGUAUAGAAGUCAAGCAACUACUGAUGAUCAUCAUGAAGAAAAUCCAAUAUAUAAAGUGAAAUCAUUGAUUAGCUAUGACCCAGAAGAAGAGUUAAAGAAUGAACAGAAGCGUCAACAAAUAAAACUGAAGAAAAUUAAGAGUGUCAAGAGUAAUGAUUCCUCGGCUGUAAGUUCAAGUUCAAGCAGCAGCAUAAAUAAUGAAAAACCAAAGAAGACUUCUUUUUGGAAGAAGUUGGGAUUUAAGAAAUAA